CUCGGUCGGAUCUAGCGCCGAGUUAAGGCUUGGCUUUUAAGAAGUAUAUCAAAUCAUUUAUAUCACACAAACGACUCAAUCGAUAACCACCAUAGACGUUAACGUAUACCCCUUCUGUUUAUACUCGUACAAUAGAAAAGAUCAUCAUCCUAUUCGCUUGGAAGGAGGAAUGAUUCAGCAGAUAUUUAUCAAAAGUGGAGCAAAGGAAUGCUGAAGAAAUCAUUGAUAGAAUGAAUGGGAAUGUCAAUAUGCAGUCCUAUCAAGACAAUUCUUCAUCAUCUUCCGCUAGAAGGAAUAGCAACCAAGGCAGAUAUCAGAAUAUGGCAUCUUCAUCUUCUCUAGGAAAUUCCGGCGAUGGUGAAGGUGUAUAUAAUGCUGGCAGUUCACCUCAUUCUCUCGGUCGUCCUUCUCCGCAUAAUCUGCCGGCUGGAAGUGGAGCAGCAUCAAUGCUGAUGGCAGCCAGUGCUUUAGCCCAAACACCUGCACAGAAUGUAAGUGAAGCAUUACUUGGACAAGUGCAAAUUGCAGCAGAAGGUCAAAUACUUCAACAUAGACGUGAAAGUGCAGGAUUGAUAUCCGAUGUAACGAUCGAAAGUGCAGAAAACGGAACAUCUUCAGGUACCCGGCGGCCAAGUUUACCAUCACAAUCGCAUUUCUCCAACUUUCCUUCCGGCCAAGGCGGCGGCUCAAACAAUAAUCUACCUCCUCCUUUUUCCGUUCAUCCUGCCUCGGUUGGAAUACAAGGAUCGAUUGCGAAUUCGUUGCAUACUGCUGCUAAAAUUGGAGCUGUUCAAGCUUCUUCCGCUUCGGCUUUUUCAGCCUCUCAAUUGGUGGCCAGUAACGUUUAUGAACCUUCUGCUGCUCAACAGCAAGCCAGAACGUCAUUUCAAGCAAAUGAUGCCGGCAUUUCAGGCGUCCAGGGCGGAUUCGAUGGCAUCAAUCUAGCUCCUAAAGGCGGUCAGAAUGGUCAAAACGGAGGUCUUGAGACGGAUGCCGCCAAGCAAGGUCAAUCUCCCUCCUCUCUUUCCCAGCAGCAGAUACAUCCUUCUCAGGCGAUGCUUUUGGCGUCAAGGGGAUUACCACACAACUUCAACCAAUCGCAUUCAUCCAAGCAAGGUGCAGGUUGGUAUGCACCCUUGUCUCCUCGAACACAAGCACAAGUGCAAAUUGGCAAUAUUGCAUCAAACGUUGCCGUUCAUGAGUAUAUCGCCCAAACCGUGUCCGCAAAUCUUACGCCAGAAGAUUCUAACCGGUGGUAUGAUCCAAGUCAACCUUUUCAAGGCGUUCCCAGUACGCCAAUGAUGCCAAGUCCUUCGCCUGCUAUGCUACCUCCUCCGGAUAUUGUGAUGGGAAUGCGAACGCCAUUUUCAGGAUCAAACAAUGUCAACGCAACAAAUCAAACGAAUUUUGUACCUUCCUAUCGGUUGGCACCAGAUGAAUAUACGAUUCUUGCUUCAGCUGCUGCUAUUGCAACCGCAGCUUUGACAACUGCCAGUACUUUUCAGGAUCAUGAUACAGAAAUGCAAAGUAAAGAAAACGUCGAAGGAAGAAAUACAAGCGCCAAUGGGGAAAUUACCGGCUCAAGCAGCCGUGCACUAACGGAACAAGAACAAGAAGAGAUCACAGUCUUGUUGCGUGCAUGGGCCGGAUUGGAAGGUGUAGACCGUCAAGAACAAGCACGACAACAAUUACACCGCACAACGGUAGCCGGCAAAAGUCCUAACAGCGGAAAUGGACAAUCAACAACACAAUUCAUUCCGCCUGAUUUUGCACGUCAUUUUCAAUCCCAGCUUACCGCUUUGGCCGCUGGAUAUUAUCAAAAAUUGCAUACCGACGGCUUUGCACAACCGUACUUUGCGCCAUCUUCAGCCGAUAGUGUGUCCAACAUUCAGCAACAACAGCAAUUGCAGCAAGCUGCCUUGCAGCAAUUGGCAAAUAAUUCUGCUGGUGAUGGUCAAGUGGGAACCUCUUCUCCUGGCUCAUAUACUAUACAACAGAAUGAUCCUAUGCUCCUCGUGGCCCAAGCAUCUUCCUCAACCGGAUUGAGCGUCAACUCACCUCAAAUUCGUGAUCAAUUAUUACAAUAUGCCCAUCACCUCUACGCAACUGGUGGAAAACAAGUUCCGAUAGAUCAGGAAGCAAUGGAUAAAACAAAGAAAGAAGGAGAGCAGCCGCAGAUGCGUACCGAGCUACAUCCUUCCCUGCUGCCUUUGUUGCAUACACUGCACAAGUUGCAUUCCCGCCAUCUGCCGACAUUGUUGCUUUUGAGUUGUGCAUAUUACAGUUGUGGUGAUCUGGCAGCAAGUUUGUGGUACAAUAAAGAGAUUCUGUCAAUCGACGCAAAUUACGUGGAAAGCAUGAGCAAUAUUGGAACCACGCUGCGCGCUUUAGGUCGUUGGCAUGAAGCAGAAUCUUGGUGGUGGAGGGCCGUGAAGCUUCGACCGGGCUAUUGGGAUGCUUAUGAGAAUCUUUUGGGUGUCUUGUGCUCACCGCAACAAAUUCCACCCAACGAAGAAGAACAUGCUGCUGCCAAUCGUGUUGCGGAAAUCGGUCAAUUACCUUCGGACAACGAUCAAAGUAUUGCACCUGCAGAUCGUAAACCUGAAACGGGUUUGCCAAGAUUUAAUGAAGCUUUGAAAUUGUGCGAAUUUGUUGAAUCGAAUGUUUUGUCCAAACGUCAACAGGCAACAGAUGAAGGCAGAUUACGAAAAGUACCUGGUAGUGGUGCAAUCGCAUCUUUUGAAAACGCUCCUGUGUAUAUGCCAAUGCACUUACCAGUCGCUCAAGGACCUAGAUUGCAAAAUUUGUUCUAUGCAAAGGGAAAUCUCAAGUACGUUUUGCCAGAUUUGGGUGCUGUACCCGCAGCAAGAGAGUAUGAGAGAGCCAUCGAAGUGGUCUUGUCCACCUCUGAGAAUAGCGCAUACAGCGUACGCGAUCUCGUCCUUUCUUCCUAUGUGAUUGGUGUUCUGACAAUGGGCAUUGCAUUACCUGGUGCUCAUGCAACGCAUGCAUUAUCGGAUAUUGCUCAAGCCAUUGGAUUGAACCUGCAAGAUUCUCAACAGAUUCAACAAGCUGCUGCUGGUCAAUAUCAUCUUUUAUGUCCAGGUGGUGGCAUCCUUCGCCUAGUGCGCAAGUCAGGCGAUAGAUUGCUUCGUACACUACUUCGUCUUGGCGGAGGAUCACAAUUGCCUUUAUUGAUGAUGCUGCCACAAGGUGCGGUUCAAUUGGCCAGCAUCUUGUUUGCUGAAACAGAACGCAGCUUGCCUGCUCUUGUUGAAGCAUGUCGUCGAGCUGUGCAAAGUGUUGAUACGAUUCAAUCUACCCUGCAACAAUCACAAACGAUGACAAGUACGGUUUUGCUCACACUUGCCAAAUUGAUUCAAGAUGCUACCACCCGUGCCACUAGCGGACCUCACGGUGCGUUGACAUUGGACGGCAUUCCACCUUCAACUUCGCUACUUUUGCCUUUGUAUUAUCUGUCGAUCACUGUCAGUCCUGCUGCUUCAACUGCAAACAAUUUGGGCAUUCUUUUAUCUUCGAUUCCAGUUAGCACUACUGUUGCUUCUGGUACAGGCGAACGUCAAAGUAUCAAUGGACAAUCUCUUGCCCUUCAAUACUACACCUACGGUCUCACUUUGGAUCCUAAGCAUCCCCAUCUAUAUACAAAUUUUGGUUCAUUACUCAAAGAUUUGAAUCAUCUGACUGAAGCGGUUCAGAUGUAUGAGAAAGCGAUCGAUUGCAAUCCGACAUUCGACGUUGCGUUGGCAAAUCUGGGUAACGCGAUUAAAGAUCAAGGUCGUACACAAGACUCCGUGCAAUACUACCGACGUGCUGUAGAGGUCAAUCCAAACUUUCCCGAAGCUUUGUGUGGACUUGUCAAUGCUUUACUUGCCAUUUGUGAUUGGGAUGAAGUAUACAGUCAAAGUGAUGAAGGUAAAGAAGGUUUCAUGGCUCGUGUUGUGGCGCUUCUGGAGCGACAAUUAGACGAAGGAAGCUUGUAUGGUGUCGGCUCUUUGUGCUCUGAUCGCAGUCCUGAGGAAUGGGCUGAUUUGAUCGUACGAAUGACUGGCCGGAAAGGCGCGGAACAGAAACAAGCUUACAUUGAUCGCAUUCAAAUGAUCUCUGCCAUGAGUAUGGAUGGCGAUCGAGAAAAACAAAAGAUCAACGAAGGCUCCUUUGUGAUCAGGUUGGUAGAGCGUAUAAUGAGAAGAACACAAAGGGAGUGGUAUCUUGAUGUGUACGGCAAUCAAAUCCAGUCCGAGCAUGCUUUACAGCGAAUUGCACCACAACAAGCAGAUGCACAAAAGUAUCGACGGGUACCGUUGCCUGCUUGUCUUGGAACACCUGCAGUACCAACCGUUCUUCCGUUCCACACCUUCACUCUCAAAAUUCCACCGCGACAUAUUCGUUUGAUUUCUCAUCGAACUGCUUUGCGUAUUUCUCAAACUACAAUGUCUCAACUUUGGCUACCUUCAAAUGUCUACCCGCCGCCCGCACCUCCAGCUCCAAGAAUCAAAGUGGGAUACGUUUCGAGUGAUUUCAAUAAUCACCCACUGGCACAUUUGAUGCAAUCCACUUUUGGCUUCCACGAUCGAUCCAAAUUUGAAAUCUUCCUUUAUGCAACCUCUAUUUCUGAUCAAUCUCCCUACCGAAAGAAAAUUGAGAAAGAAGCAGAGCACUUCACGGACGUAAGCGCGUGGACAAAUCAAAUGAUUAUCUCACGUAUCCUAGAGGACGGUGUACAUUUGUUGAUGAAUCUCAACGGAUACACGAAAGGUGCAAGAAAUGAAAUUUUUGCUGCAAGACCUUGUCCCGUUCAAUUGGAAUUCAUGGGUUUUGCAGGCGGAAUGGCAAGUAGCUGGACAGAUUGGAUUGUUGUUGAUCCGAUUGUGUGUCCACCAGAGAUGACUUGUACGGAUAUUUGGCGUAAAGAAAGAAAGCAAGGAUCGCAAAGACAGCGUAGAUUGACGGACUUCGAUGGUGAUCGUGAUCCUGAAUCGACGGACAAUGAUUGGGUAUACACUGAGCAUUUCAUUUAUUUGCCAGAUAGCUACUUUGUUAACGACCAUCGUCAAGGCUUCCGUGAACCUGAACAAAGACGGGGCGCAUCCGGGGAGAUCGUCAAACCUCAUCAGAUGAACGAUGAGGAGGCAUGGAGAGAAGAAGAAAAGCGUAGAUGGCAAGCACGCAAAGAACUUUGGCCUUCUUUGCCGGACGAUUAUGUGAUCUUUGCAGAUUUCAAUCAGUUGUACAAGCUUGAACCUACUUUAUUCAAAUUAUGGCUACGAAUCCUUCAAAGUGUUCCAAAUAGUAUCAUCUGGCUUCUGCGCUUUCCUUCCGCUGGAGAAGCACAUUUGUUGCGAUAUGCUCAAAAGCACUUUGGUGAUGAGGUGGCGGCAAGAGUGAUCUUUACUGAUGUCGCACCAAAAAGUGUUCACAUUCAUCGUGGUCGAAUUGCCGAUUUGUUUUUGGAUACGUUGGAAUGUGGUGCCCAUACAACGAGUGCAGACAUUCUCUGGUCCGCAACACCUGUUUUGACCUGGCCAAAGCACAAGCAUAAGAUGGCUAGUAGAGUGGCAGCAAGUAUUGUUGCCGCAGCAGGACAAGGUGAUAGAAUGAUUGUUGAUUCAGAACAAGCAUAUGAGGAUCGAGCGGUACACUUGGCGCAAAGUCUGUCAUACACAUAUGUGGACGAAAAUGGAAAGAGUCUCAAAGCCGAACAACCGAAGAAAGGAGAAGAUGUUGUUCAAGCAGAUGCGUUGAGUUUUAAUGCAGAAAGUUCAUCAGCUGCCCAGCAUACCGCCGUCAAUUCGACCGGCCAGCAUAUCCAGCAACAGCUACAGAAAGCCAAUGAAGCGCCUGCGCCUGCAAACGUGAAGAAGGCCGAAGCUGAAUCCAAGAAAGAAGAACAAAAGCAAGAAAACCUUGACCCUCUUCCACCACGAUCACGUAUCGAAUUGGCAAAGACUGGACCACAAGCACCCCCUGCGACCGAUUCACGAAGAUCACAUGGAGAAUUGUCGGACUUGCGAAAAGAAUUGUUCUUAUCGCGUGAUUCAAACAAACUUUUUGAUACGCAAAGAUGGGUGCGACACUUGGAAAGAGGAUAUGAAGAGGCAUGGAAACGAUGGGUUCAAGGUAUCGAUACGGAAGAGAGUCAAGAAUGGGAUGCCUUGCCAGAACAGCAUCCGGCCAAACAAAGCGGACAUAUCUGGGUGCAAGACGAGUCAGGCUAGGGAUGCGAAGGCAAAGUUCAAAAUAGAAAGUAUCAUCUUAUGUAAAAAAAAUAUACACUGCAAAAAUUAAUACAUUUUGAUUGUUG